AAAACAUGUUAUUCAGGCCGCUGAGAAGGAGCAAAGCACGGCAUCACUUUUCCAAGCCGUUAAUUUUGUGUAUGCAGCUGUGACAGUGGUGUUUCCCCAAGCUGUGCUGUGACUCUCCUGCACCCUGGUCCCCAGGGGGUGGCGCUGACUCACCAUGACCCUGCACCGUCUCCUCACCCUCUCCUCCCUCCUGGCACUGCUUGUGAUGCCCUGUCUCUCCAGCCACGUCGGGGAAGGGGAAGAGACCAGCAUUUUGGCCAGCUCCCCCAUGCAGGAACAAACACAGUGCAUCUCCAUGUGCUCAGCUAAUGAAACAUGCAACUGGCCUCUCUUUGACAAACAGAACAACAUCUGCUAUAUCUUAAAGUGUUCCAACAUUACCAUCUGUGGAGAAAUCUCUGUGCAGGACCUGUUGUCUCACCAAGAAGCCAGUAUCCAGGUGAACUCUGAAACAAUACACCCAAUUGGGGCUGUGUCCCACCCCAUUAAUGACACAGACAUUGUUCCAGCCCAGGCAGAAAGAAACCACACUGUGCCUCAAAUCAGCAAAACCCCUGCACUUAAUGGGACUGGCCCCACCUCAACACCUACUGGAAGCACCCCUGCACAGGCUGUCCCAAAUACAGAUGCACCCAUGACUCCAGAAUUAGCCAACAUCUCCAAGGCUACAGCCAGCCCUGGAGACCCUGGGUCAUCACAGCCAAUUAGUGAGACCCUGUCCUCCACUGGGGCAGCCCCCACCAAACCUGCAACGGUGACCACAGUAGGCCCAAAAACGCCACACAAGUCCCAGCCAACCAGCACCACAGUGCCACCAAGAACCCAGAAAUCGGCAACAGCAAGGACACCAGCAGCAGCUGUCACUGCCGCAACCAGUGUGACAAGCACCAUGCCAACAACAGCACCAACAGCAGCCACCACACCCACAAGCCCAUCCACAACAACCACCCUUCCCACACUAUUGACAGUGAUGACAAGAAGGGUAUCAACUAUUGUUUCAGUAACCACCAUGGGCAGCGAUGUGUCAUUGCCAACUAAGCCAAGAGCUCCAAUAGCACAGACUACCUCCCUGAGAACUCUGGGUCGGGUGGCUUCCAUGGGGCAGGAGGGCGGAGGGGCCAAUAAAGCUGUAACGGAUGUCACUAUGGGCCUCCCACAACCAGUGGACACCAGGUCUCUACUUGCCAUCUUUUUGUUCGGCCUCCUCUUCUUCUUUGUUGUUGUUGUCCUCUUCCUUGGACAAGCCUAUGAGAGCUACAGGAAAAAAGACUACACCCAAAUGGACUACUUGAUCAAUGGAAUGUACUCAGAUUCAGGAGUUUGAAUGCAGUGAAGGAGUCUACAUUUCAGCACUUUUGCAUUUAACUGGUUGAUUUGUCUUUUGUUUUUGUUAAAGAGGGGGUAAGCAGAGUAAAUGUACAUUGUAUUCUGUAAAGCUUUUAAUAAUAUUUAGUAAGGUACGGUUACUUACUGUUUGGAAGACUAUUCUAGCCAUGUUUCACAAGACUAUGCAGCUCCUGCCUUGACCCUGUGUCUUGAGGGCAGAUGCCAUUGUAAGGCCCUGUGCUUGAGCCGAGUAGUGUCUACAUGGUCCUCUGUGUGUAAUAUUUAAUGUACUUUUUUCAAUGCAGAUAGUGGCUCUCUUACACGCUACACUUAGGUCAGAAGUCUAAAACUUGCUUCACCCUCAAAAGUACAGUACAGCUCUCCAAUGGACAAAUCAUUUUGAACUUUUAUGUGUUUUGCACAAAUGUACAAGAGGUCUUUUUUUCUUUUUCUGUGAUUGUCCUACAUUCCUUGGCAGACAUCAUGGUCAUACAAGUAUCCUUUUUUUUCAGUGUUCAUGGUUUCUGUCCCUUGGAUUCUGGAGGAAAAACUCAAUCAGCAGCAUCUUUAACUUCAUUUAUUAGCUGCUUGUUUCCUUUGUUGGACAUUCCCCUCCACUGGCUAAGAGUUUAGACUAAAACAUGAACAGGGCCACUGAGACAGGCUCAUAUCAAGCCAAGGGAAUUGCUCAGCCAUUAUAAAGUGCAUUCCAGCAAUCAGCAAGCUAGAUUUAUAACCAGGAGUGUCUGAAUGCAUAGGAACAUUGCUCAAAUACAGGGAUAAGAUUGUCCACUAUGUGCCAACUUGCAUCUGUGCAGUCUUACAAAUGCACUGUUAAAAAA